AUGUGUUUUUGCGUGGGUGUGAGUGUGUGUCCAUGUGUGCUGGUGUGUGUGCAUGUGUGUGUCUGUGUGUGUUUGCAUAUGCAUGCACAUAUGUGUGUGUGUGUUGUGUGUGCACGUGCGUGUGCAUGUGUAUGUGUAUAUGUGUGCAUGUGAGUAUAUGUGUGUGUGAAUGCCUAUGUGUGUGCACACAUCUGUCUAUCUAGAAGUCUCUCACCCUACAAUGAACCCUACAUGGAAUAG